CUAGCACGUUAUGUGAAGAAGGAUGCCAAGGCAGAAGUGCUUGUUAAAGUUCGCAUGGGGAGAGCUCCAGUUCUGCCUGACUAUUUAGAAGUAGAGCUAGAUUCAGGCGGGUGUGGUUCUGGUUCUCAUCUUUUUUUCAUUAACCAAUGCAGCAACCAUUAUUGAAAAGGUCCAAGUGGACUCAACUCCACAAAGACUUGUCAGGGAAGCUGAACUCACAAGGUCACACAGCGCUACUCCGGAUAUAAUACAAGCUUCUUCUUCAAACCAAGUUUAUCAAUACAGUAUCAACGAUGCUCCAGAACACUACUCUCAACCAGAAGGUCAAUUCACCUCUUUAGAAUCAAUUGCAGAGCUAACCCCUAAAGAUUUUGAUACAGCUGGAUACGACUUGUAUAAGGCGGGUACAAGCAUCAAUCUUGAAGGUCCAAUGCAGUUGGAGACCAUCCACACACAGAGCUAUCACAAAGAAGUCGAGCCGUACGACACCAGCGAGUAUAAGCAUCGAUCUCACGUUGAAGAGGAACACGCUGAAGUGCAUUAUCACCAGCAUAAGCAUCUUCACAAGCAUAAUCACCAUCAAGACCAUGUUCACAAGCAUGAGCAACAUCACGCUCAUCAACACGAGCAUGGACACCAUCACCAACAGCAGCACCAUCACAGUCAUCACUCAAGUCACAAACAUCAACAUCAUUCGGAGCACAAGCACAGUCACAAGGAAGAUCACAACCAUCAUCACGAGCAGAAGCACAAACAUUCGCACCAUUCGCAACACAACCACGGUCACAAACAUGAGGAGAAUCACCAUCAUGAAGGGCACCACAGUCAUAAGCAUAAGCAUCACAAUAAUCAUAAGCAUAGCCACCAUAAUAGUCAUAAACAUGAUCACGAUCAUUCGCACAAACAUUGGAAUGAUCACAAACAUAAACAUCACCAUUUGGCGGAUCACAAGCAUCAUCACGAUCAUCAAGUGGAGCAUAAGAAGGUGGUUUAUCAUCAUAAGCAUUAGUUGUUUCGUUAAUUUUUGUUUAAAUAAAAUGUUCUCUAA